AGCGCAGGGCCGGAAGCGACGGCGCGYUGUCUGCGGGGUUCGAUCGCUGAAGCGCACUAAGCGCAGAGCUGUCCGUCCCGCUCCUUCUGACAGCACCCAGUGGGACCGGCUGUCGCCAUGUCAUCUGUGAGUCCUAUCCAAAUCCCCAGCCGCCUCCCGCUGCUGCUGACCCACGAAGGCGUGCUGCUGCCCGGCUCCACUAUCCGCACCAGCGUGGACACGGCCCGCAACCUGCAGCUGGUGCGCAGCCGGCUGCUCAAGGGCACGUCGCUGCAGAGCACCAUCCUGGGUGUCAUCCCCAACACACCCGACCCCGCCAGCGACGCGCAAGACCUGCCUCCGCUGCACAGGAUUGGGACAGCUGCGCUGGCGGUUCAGGUUGUGGGCAGUAACUGGCCCAAGCCCCACUAUACGUUGCUGAUUACAGGCCUGUGCCGGUUCCAGAUUGUCCAGGUCUUAAAAGAGAAACCAUAUCCUGUUGCUGAAGUGGAACAGUUGGACCGGCUUGAGGAAUUUCCCAAUACCUGCAAAACCAGGGAGGAGCUGGGAGAACUCUCAGAACAGUUUUACAAAUAUGCAGUACAA